CUAGUGGUUCAUUUUGGCAAAUACUACUUCGAGUGCCGAUACGCAGUGAAGAAGCACGUUCGUUCCGGUUGGUGGAAAAAAAAUCAUAAUUCGUUCUUACUUUAUCGUUUUUAUUCUCAGGUGUAAUUUGGCCGAUAUUUUGUCGGUCAUUCCUCAAGGCAGCGUUGGAUUCGUGCUCACAUUACUCCGGCUGUGGAACAGGCGUUAAACUUAGCUCCAGGGAUUUUUAGACUAUGAUCAAGUGGCUGGGUGGACGCUGAAUGUGAAUCUUUUACCCACCGAUAUUGGGACGACUUCUAUUCUCAUGAAACAAUCAGAUCAGACUAAGGCAAACCAUGUCUGUAAACAUCACCACCACCACACCCAUGAUCAGUGAUGACGCUGAGACAGGAGGCUACGAUGGCACCCAUCCCGCACUCCUGACAAUGUACAUCUUCAUCGCCCUUCUAGGAGUCAUCGGGAAUGGUCUUGUCAUCUUCGUCCUUUUCCGUGUUCCGUCUCUACGGUCCUUUACCAACGUCCUCAUAACCAACCAAUCCGUCAUUGACUUCACAAGUAGCAUCUUCUUCUUCUUUCUUUACGUAACACCGAAACCAAAGUUGCCCGUCCAGCCGCAAUUCGCGAUGUUCGUAUGCAAGUUCUGGUACUCUGAAUAUCCACUGUGGUCCAUCUCAGUGGCGUCUACGGUCAAUCUGGUGUGUCUGACUGUUGAACGAUACUUUGCUGUGAUCCAUCCUCUCAAAUACAGGAAUCGGUUCACCAUAAAACGUGCGAGGUUACUAUGCUUGUUGCCUUGGAUAAUCGGUCUUCUGCAUGAGAUACCGUGGAUGAUGGUCCAUCAGAUUACCGGUGGCCUCUCUCUUGAUGAAAACAAUAAUACCAUAGACACCCGUGGUUGCCAGGCCACGUGGCCAGAUGAACCGGAAGGCUUGCAGAAGGCAUUUGGUUGCAUCGUCUUUAUUGAUCACUACUUGGUGCCUUUGACCAUCAUGGUGUAUGUUUACAUUCGCAUCGUGGUUCGUCUCCGGGCAGACAUGCCAAGCUUACGAAUGGGGGUGUCAUCUUCCAAUGUUACCGCAUCAAGGAGAGAGAAUAAAGAUGGAAGUGAUGUGCGAAAGUCAUCCAGUGUAAAACUCCCUUCGCAACCUCGGCGCCGGUUCGCCAUCAUGGCCUCGCGGAGUGUCCUUAAAACCAUGGUCAUCGUAUCUUUAGCUUACCUGAUCUGCUGGGGGCCUAAUGAAGUCCUCUACCUAGUUUUCAACCUCGGGGUCCCCGUUGACUUUACAAGCGUAUACUAUUACACAACUGUUAUUUUUGUGUUGUGCAAUAUGUGUUUAAAUCCCAUCAUCUAUGCUUUUCAUUACGGAGAGUUACGGCGGGGUGUCAUAUUGGCGUGCCACUGUUGUGCUAGGAAGAUACCGGUCUCAUCAAGAACGACCAUGCAAAGUCGAAGUUACAGUUUAAAUGCAAAUGGAAGCAGUAAUGAUGCAUAUGAACAGUCUCAUAAUAACAAGGUCUGAUGCGACUAACGUCAGUCUAUGCCUUACUGGAACUCUUUAUAUGCCAAAGUCCCAUAUCUUUCGAUUUAGUUCGUACCGAUGCUUUUGUAAUGGAUAAUGAACUUAUAAGAACCAUUGCUCGCGAUGCUUAUUCCAUUGCAGAUUUGUAUGUUGAAUCAAGGAAAAAUCGUAUCAACAUCAAAUCUAAUAGCUGUAUAUCUUCUAAACACGUUUGAUUUUGUUCAUGUCAUUAAUGUUAAAUUUGUAAAGCGGACUUCUGAUAACUUUUCUGAUGUAAAGAAUCCGUCUGAACGCAAUCGUGAAAACUUGAACCAUGCAUACAAUGUGCCUAGACGGACGAGACAAUGGGUCAGAUGCAUAAAAGGUAGCAAUUGCUUCAAGCACACGCAAUAGCAACGUCACGCUAGCAAACAGGACUCACAGAAAAGGCAGGAUUCGAACGCAAAGGUGUGGCAGUGCAAAAAACCCGCUUCUUUCUGAUAACAUCUUUUCCCUAGACGCGUUGUCAAACUGACUUGUUUCUUUUUGAUGAAUUUGUAUAUUGUGUUUGCUCAUAUUAUGAAAAAAACCCUGUACAUUAAUGCUACGGUACACCUUGGAUUCUCUCUUAGAUGCAUAAACAUGGUUUUAAAAAAAACGCGAAAGCCCUGAUCAAGCAAACGGUCAAACUGCUCUGACGGAGCUUGAAAAACAUCAAGCAAGUGUAUAAACACGCAAGCAAAAUGUUCGCUUUAUGCUUACGCCUUUUGAACAAAAGCUUAAUCAUCAAGGAAAUGAUAGCAGUCAGUAAGCAACUGUUUGAACCAACCAGCAAAAGCCCAGCAAAAGCAAUUGCUACUUGUAUGCAUAUGACCCAUUGUGAGUUGUGACUCAUUCAGACAGUUAAACGGUAUUUUCACAUGGCACAUCAUAGGGUCGGUGUUGCUGAUAUGACAAUAUUAUCAGUAAAGAUAUAUAAACAUUAUAGGUAAUCUCACUUUUCCAAUAAAGUUUCAAAACUGAAAUAAGAAAAGCGAGCCUACUACAAAAUAUGAAUAUUAAAGUCAAAUUGACGCGAACCAAAGAAUUAGUAUGGCAUGGACAUUCGACAUAGCUAAACAUUUUGCUCACAGUGUAGGUCUAUGUAUCUCACGGUUUUAUGUUCACUGUGUUAUUAUCACCUGCUUUAAUGCCAAAGAAAUAUUCCAUUCUCCUUACCUGAAAUUAUGGAAAGUCAUCAUUACCCAAUUUUAGAUAUAUUAGGUUUUGUCAGUGGCAAAGAUAAUGUGCGAAGUCGAACCUUUGCUGUUUGAGACAAAUUUGGCUACCCUAAUUAAACCGAGAUUAGACAGACCUUGUGCUUUGAUAUAAAAAAAAGUUCUGAAUAUUCGCCGAUGUAUUGAUGAAUGUCGGCCGACUAAUAAGUGUAACUAAUUUCAUUGGUCAUUUUUACCAAAUUAUCAGUUAACACGAACAACAAUUUUUAGCAACUUUGUGGUCGGACACAAUAUUGAUAAUUCUUUCAAUGGUAGAAACUGUAGAUACUCUUGUUCUUGUUGGUGCACAUGUACUAUAAAACAACUCCCUGUUGAAGCUCAUUUGUCAUUAAUAAUUUAUUUCAAGCAUUCUCCUCUGCAUUAAGCUCAAGUUUACACGUGCCUUGAUUGUUGUAAUGGUAGCUUUUUUUUGGGGGGGGUGGUUGAUCUUGUUUACACGCGCUCACUAUACAUGCUAUACGCCAUUAAUGUCUUUGCUAAAAUCUAUCUGAAUUUUGAAGGUGAACAUUAUAAGUAGAUUACAUAAUGCUCUUACGCACCCUUAGGCUCGCUUAAUGUGUUAAAUGUUACCCAAAUCUACGAACAAGACAUACACCUUCUUUGGUAAAUGGUGUUACUUAAUGAUAAAAAACAUCUAAAGUAUAGAUUUCUAGCGCUAUAUCUGUUUAAAAUGACACUUUUUAUAAAGGGAACAUAGUUAGCAACCAACAAAGUAAGUAUAAAUCCUUUGGUUAUACAUUAUACAAAUAUUCAAUGUUAAUGAGUGCGAUCAUUCCGAAUAUUACAUGAGCGUGCAAGUUCAAGUCAGCUAUUCAACGACGCGAAUCAGAGUUAAAUAGACUGUUUCAACUUGCACAGACUGUAAUAUUAGGAUGGUUGCACGAAUGACAAAACAUUGAAUAUUUUUUUAUACAGCACACGACUUGAAGAUAUAGUCUUGACCAAAUAACCCAAAAUAGAUCGAAAGUAUUAGGCCUGUGAAGGAACGUACAGGGCUAGGAGUCCGGUCUACUCGAAGCUAUCUUUAACCUUUUAUUUUGCUUGAUAUUUUUUAAAAAAUCUGCGCGUGGUGUAUGUAAUGCAGAGAUGCGGUUACGCUCAUGCAAUUAUUGGGGAGGCGCAAGCCAUUGUUCGCGCAUUUAUUGAGUUUGGAGCUAUUGCACUCGCUUUAGCGUGUAAUAGUCGACUAUUGCACGGCUGGCUCUCUUACUGGACCGUGCAAUAGUUGACUAUUGCACGGGUAUCAUGUUUUUUUUUGUUUUUGCAUGCUAUAGCUGAUUUCUCUGAAUGUCGUGUGACGCGUAUUCAUCCAAUCAGCUGUAAAGGAUAUAUCUAUGUGUUGUAUAAAACGAAAUAGUGUCUAUCAUUAAGCUAUGUUCAAACAACUUGCUGAGCUGGCAGGCAGAAUCGGCAUUUCGUUGCUAGACUAAGAGCGAUUACA